AUGCUUCAAGAAUUGACAGAUUUAGAUUUUGACACUUAUUUUGAUGUCGCUUCAUCCAAUCAACAGAAUCAACGUAGUAUUUUAUACCACGGUGAUCAGCAAACCAGUAAUGCUUCUUCUAUAAGCAUACUUCUAAACAACAACAAUAAUACAAAUAAUAAUAGACUUUCGUAUCAGCAAUUUUCGCAACAACAACAACAACAACAACAACAACAAAAUUUUAAUCUUUUCGAUUGGGAUAUGGACACACAACAACAAAGUAUGGGUCAUUCUCCCACACAAGUAUCACCUAUAAGUUCACCACAGUCUUCAUCUGAUGGAUAUACUUCACAUACUUUAUCGCCGCAGAUAAAUAGUCCACCAUUAUACACUUACAAUCAAAAUAUCAAAGAUGAAGCAAGUAAAGCAUUGGCUGGUUUUUUAGCUAAGCGAUCCUUCUAUCCCACUUUACAACAUUUACAAAAUGUUCCUGGUAUCAAUAUUCCUACUACACCAACUACAGAAAGUGGGAAUAUCAAUACCAUGGCUUCAGCCAACUUGCCUUCACCUCCUUUAGACGAAAACCCUCUCUCUCGAGCAUUUUCUGCUAUAGACCAAUGGUCAACAAAUAUCAAAGAAGAACAAGAUACCAAUAUCCAUCCAUUAGAUUUAAGUAAUGAUAAUCAUGAAACAAGACAUUGGCGAAAGUCUUCUUCUAGACACCAACAGUUACAUCAAAACACAAGCAAUAACUUGGAUCAAAUACGAACGUCUAUGGAACCUGGAAAACAACUCAAGAAAGUUGCUCAUAAUGCAAUUGAAAGACGCUACAGAAACAAUAUUAAUGAUCGUAUCCGAGAACUCAAGAAUGUUGUCCCUGCACUCUAUAAAGCCCGUAUUCGUGAAAAAGGUGAAGAUGAUGAUUCUAGCGAAUCUGGUGGUGAAGAAGGCAGUGAUGAAAUUGUUGAAGGCGUCGAAGUCGCUAAAAAACUCAACAAGGCUACUAUUUUACGAAAGGCCACCGAAUAUAUCAAGUUUCUUAAGAACACCAAUGAAAGCACUGAACAAGAAAAUUUGAUUCUGCAGCAAAUCAUUGCUCAAAUGCCUGGUGGUAAUGAUGUCCUCUCUCGAUUCCUUUGUCAAAAAAGAGAAUUUGCAAAGUCGGAGCAAGAACGUCUAGCUCGAGAACGUCGUGAGGCUCAAGAGCGUGAACGUACUGAAAGACAGCGCAUUUUACGAGAACGUGCUGCACAAAGAGCCGCUUUAGCUCAAUUGCUGCCCAAGCCUGAAAGAAGACCUUAUCGCCGCAGACAAUCUUCUAAAAACAGCAAGAGCCCUAACAAAAAAGCUUCUACAGAUGAUUCAAAUAACAAAAUGUUUAUGGCUGCCUUUAUGUGUCUAGUGUUUUUCAGUGCUUCCCCUGGCUCUUCUAAAUCAAGCGAGCCCGUGCAUCACUAUAGUGCUUAUGACAAUCAAAGUAGCGAUGCCUUAUUGCAACCAUUAUAUACCAAUACCUCAUUCUAUUUCAGCAUUUGGAAUGUUAUUCGCUAUGCUAUUUAUACUUUUGGCGCUCUUUACAUCUGCCUUAUUCCGUUCUUGGUACGCUGGUUGCGCCCUCGUCCUGUCACUAGACCUAAAAAGUGUGUUGACCAUCAUCAUUAUGCGAGUGAAGUUCCCAAUGCUUGGAGUCGUCUCUAUACUAACCUUGUUUCUAUUGUCAACAAGCCAAGUAUCGUCAAAUCUACUAGUACUACCUCUUCUUUUGACAUCUUAUCCCUCAUGAGUGGUAUCGUUCUUUAUAGCCUUUCCUUACUUGUUCCUCGGUCUCUAUUGGUUAGUUUUCAAAAGAACACUAGCCCCACGACAUGUCCUGAAGAAAUAUUAUCCUAUGUUGGUGCCUGGAUUCGACUAAAUGAAGUUGAAUGUUUGGGUGCUAAUCCUGAUAUCACUCGUUUAAGCAUGCUACACUCCUGUCUUGGUAUGCUCUUCCAACUUCGCAAGAUGGAACGUGAUGAUAAAUAUGGUGUAUACUGUGAAGCAAGCACUAUGGCCCGUGUCUACGCCACUGUAGCUAUGCAGCUUGAACUAUGUUUACCAAAGGUCCUUUCUUCUCGCAUUGCUUCUGUUUAUUGGAAGCGUGCCAUUAGUGCUAUAAAGAAGCACAAGUCCAAGGAAAACAACCAGCAACUCAUUACCGCGCAUUGGCUUCGCUCCGACUGUCACGACCAAGUACUAGACAUGCUCAGGCUCCGUAAUGGAUUUGGUCCAACUAAUGCUUGCAGAAACGUUUUUUACUCUUUUGUGCUGCCUUAUAUUACUUCUCCUUUGGACUUGGUUUUCUAUUGGCAACAGCUUGACAACUUGCAAGAAUGUUGGCAUUCUUAUCUGAAUGGAACAAGACCUGUCUUCUCCAUGAGCCAAUUGGAUGACGUUUUUUCUCUUUCUGCUACUACCACUGCCCCUGGACAUAUGCUUCAAUGGUGGGUUCGAGUCGGACUAGCACUUGAAUCUUUGAGCCACGCCAAUCAACAAGAACACUUAGAUGCUCUUGCUAAAUAUGUUGAAGCCAAUACUCCCGCCGUCAACAACCAUCCCUCUUCUAAUCUAUUGCGUCGUCAUCAAACGAUGGUUUACUAUUUGCUUCAAGCUACUACUGCCUUGCAAACAAAUACCAACAUCGACCAAGUCCCUCAUUAUCUCGAAAAAGCUUCUAAAGAUAGACGUGCAUCCAAUGAAUGCAUCCAACAGAUUGCCUCUAUCUCCUCAUAUUCCAGCAAGAACAAUCUAGAAGCCAGUGUUCUUAUUCUGUCUACUCUUGCUGUUCAUCUACGUGCACUCAAAGCCCUUAUUGUACACCAACAAACAUGUUCUAAAAAUGCUCUUUCAACAAAUGACAGUAAGAUAUUGCUUGCUAGCCAAGCUUCUGUCUACAUUGCCGCAUUAAGAGACCGAAUUGUACAAGAUUUAGACUCAUCUUACGCAAAGUCGCUGUCAAGUCAAUGUAGAAAGCACAUUCAAUCUUAUGUCUCGCAAGCCGAUGAUGCUCUUUGUCUUUAA